AUGUCGCUCGAGGAACGCGAGGUCCAGCGAUACUACCAACCCUGGCUGGCCGCCCACGGAUCCUCGCUCAACGUCGCCAACAACGUCGACAGCAUCGCCGAGUACGACCUCAAAGGAAAGGGAUACACGCCCCGCGCCUCCCGCGACAAGGCCCUGACCGCAUUCGCCCAGCUCAUAGCCCUGCGCCUCAACGUCAAGAGGUGCAUGGUCUCCCUCAUUGACUCCUCCAACCAGUACAUCCUAGCGGAAGCCACCCAGCACAACGCUCUUUCCGGCGCUGCCAGCGAUGUUGAGACUGGCGACGACCUAUGGCUCGGCAGCGCUAUCCUCAAGCGCCCCGAUGCCAUAUGCGAACACUGCAUGUACAACACUUGUGUAGGUUUCGAGGAAGAUGGCCGCCCCUACGCCGCCAAAGGUCUGAUUGUGAAUGAUUGCCGUCUCGAUGAGCGCUUCCAGGACCGCCCAUAUGUUCAGCAGGAGCCUGGCGUGUGCUUCUACGCUGGAGUCCCUUUGUUCUCCCGACACAACUACAUGAUUGGUGCGCUGGCCAUAUCCGACGACGAGCCUCGAGAUGGGUUGCGCGCCAGUGACAUUAGACUCCUCCAGGAGACUGCUCAGUCCGUCAUGGAGCACUUGGAGUGGGCUCGAGAUCGUGUGGACCGCUUCAAGGGAGAGCGCAUUGUUCGUGGGAUGGCAUCGUUCAUUGAAGACUGCUCAUCCAUACGAGACGGUUCUCUACCCGAGGAUCCAGAUCAAACACCUGCCGCUUCCCUCAGCGCAAACGAAGACCAUAAUGCAAAGGCUCCAUCACGACCACGAUUGACUACCAGGAGAUCAUCUCGGCGAGUGCCACAGCCUGGUCCACAUAAGUCAGUUGACAGCAUGGCUCACAUGUACACGCGCGCUGCGGACAUUCUUCGUGAUGCUACUCUGGCCGACGGGUGUGCCAUCUUCGGCGCCUCACCUGGCUCAGGUAGAGCCAAUAGUAUCAAGACAGCGUUUGGAGCAAGUCCAGCAGAGACCGCCCACCCAUCUCCAGCCUCAGAUUCCGACAAGCACGAUACCAACACUUCAGAUUCAGAUAGUUCUCCGGCAGCCAGGCCGUGCAAGAUACUGGCGUACUCUCUCGCUGACGAACAGGCUCGAGCUGACAUUGAGACUGGUACUGCUUUGACACUAGGAACUCUUGAUAAAUACUUUGCUCUCUUUCCGCAAGGCCGCACGUUUUCCUUCACAUCCGAAGGUGCCGGUGUAUCAUCCGAGGACGACAGCGCCAGUGACAAGGAAGUACGCCAGAGAGCUUCAUCAAUCGUGGGAGACGGCAAAGACAAACCUCGUACUCGCAAACGCAGGAUGGAUCACAAAGAGCUGCUGAAGAAGAUCCCUGGAGCCAAGAACGUCAUAUUUCUUCCUCUCUUCGACCAUGGUGAGGAAAGACUGAUCGCUGGCUGCUUUCUUUGGACCUCAGUCACUGGUCGCAUGAUGUUAGACGCUGAUCUUUCGUAUCUACGAGCGUUCAGCAAUUGCAUAGUAAGCGAAGUUGUUCGCAUGAACAUGCAGAAGAACGAAGCGUCCAAGACGACCUUCAUUGCGUCAAUGUCACACGAGCUGAGAUCUCCGCUCCACGGCAUCCUAGGAGCAGCAGAGUUCCUGACCGACACCAUGACCGACGCCUACCAGUCUGGCCUCAUCACAUCCAUUGUUACAUGUGGACGAACUCUACUCGACACUCUGAACCACGUACUGGAUUACAGUAAGAUCAACAAGUUGGGUAGAGCCCAAAUGAGGAGACACGCUCGCCAGAACAAGCUUGUCAAUCUUGCUUCGGAUUCGUCUUUGGAGAGCUUGAACAUGACUGCAGAGAUUGAUCUGGGCGUCCUCGUUGAAGAGGUCGCCGAGGCGGUUACUGCAGGACAUUCCUUCAAGAGACUACCAGGGGCGGGCACUGUAGCAUCAUUCGAUGCACUCACAUCUGGUAAGAGAGACGCAAUCGCCAAUGCGCAAGGAUCUAAAGGGCGCUUGGCCACCCAUCCACUGGUCUUGCUGGAUAUCAGCCCGCGAAGAUCCUGGCUCGUGCGAGUUCAACCUGGAGCAUUGCGGAGAGUCAUCAUGAACCUCUUGGGCAAUGCUUUGAAGUAUACAGAAUCGGGGUUCGUCGCAGUCUCACUUCGAGCACAGGAAAGCACGAGUAACUCGAAGAUUGACGCUCUCAUCCGCGUCGUCGACUCUGGCAAAGGCAUGUCGGAUACAUUCCAAAAGGACAAGCUAUUUCUCCCCUUCAGCCAAGAGGAUCCUUUCCAGCCAGGCACUGGUCUCGGUCUUAGCAUCGUGAAACAGAUUGUCGACUCACUUGGAGGAUCCAUCGAAGUCACGUCUCAGCAAAACGUUGGCACCGAGAUCGACGUACGCCUCAGUUUGACGCCCGUGGGAUCCACCACAGAUCAGACGCCCGAUCCUGAGAUGCUAUCCAUGGAGAGCAGAACUCGUGGCAAGCAUCUGGUGAUGCUGGAUGUUCCACGCGAGGGUAGCGCAAACCGACCACCCACCGAUCCGGUGGCGAGGCUUGAGCAGACGGUGCGCGAGGCAUGUACGCGGUGGUUUGGGAUGCGUGUCACUCGAUCCAGCAACCUCGAUGAAUCACAAGACGCCGACUUCUAUAUCUUCUGCGAACCACCCCCAGUCGAAACGUUGAUUGAGCGUAACAGACAGUCACCCAGUGGCGGUCAAGGAAUUCAUGGAGAAGUUCCUGUCAUUAUUGUUUGCCUCAACGACGAAGAGGCCAUCUCGAUAAGUCGCAAGCAUCAGACCACUCUGCGAGAACUUGGAAGAGUGGUGGAAGUUGUCCCACAGCCAUGUGGGCCACGUAAACUUGCGAAAGUGUUCAACCAUUGUCUCGAAAGAGUCGAGGAAGUUCAGAACAACCCAAGGACGCCAGAACCGACAGAUACCCCAAUGGAACACAGUAAGAAAUCACCAGAUGUCAUGGAAGACGUGCGGCAUACAAACAGCAAGGACCUGGGAAAGACCAUGAGCGCUGCCAUCUCGUAUCCUACCGCGCCGCCCAUCGAUCCGACCACUCCUGCAUUGCAAAAGAGGGCCUAUUCGGACAGCGCUUCGUCUCGAGCGAACACUAGCAGUGGACAAGCUACGCCAGCCGAAUUGCACCUACUUUUGGUUGAUGACAACAAGAUCAACCGGCAGCUCCUUGUCAUGUUCAUGAAGAAGUGCAACUUCUCCUACCGCGAAGCUGAGAACGGCCUCGAAGCGGUGGAAGAGUACAAAGCUUCCUGUCUACCUGGCCCUCAAACCUCUCAACCAGGUAGACAAUUCGAUUUCGUGCUCAUGGACAUCAGCAUGCCGGUCCUCGACGGCAUGGAAGCCACGAGGAGAAUCCGAGAGUUCGAGAGCGAGAACGGCCUUAAGAAGACCAAUGUCAUUGCGUUGACUGGUUUAGCUUCUGCACAGGCGCAAGCGGAUGCGGAGACGGCGGGUAUUGAUGUCUUCCUGCCCAAACCGGUGAAGUUUGCAGAGCUUAGGAGGCUUGUGGAUGCGGCGCCGAGGUUGGAAGGAAGCUAG